GCGCGAGCGAGGGAGGCGGGGGAGAGCAGAGGAGGGGGGAGGGGGCGCUGACAGGGCUUUGCUGAGCCGGGCCCGGCCCGCGCCUGCCGCCGCCUGAGCCCGGCAGCCCGCAGGAGGGAGGGAGGGAAGGAAGCGAGGGGAGCCAUGGCCGAGCCCUCGCCUUCCUCCAGCUCCGGCGGCGCGUCCGUGCCGCUCAUUGAAUCAGAGCUCUACUUCCUCAUAGCUCGGUUCCUGACCACCGGGCCCUGCAGGAGAGCGCUGGAGGUGCUGGUGCAGGAGCUGGAGCAGCAUCAGUUACUUCCUAAACGGUUGGAUUGGGAAGGAAAUGAACAUUACAGAAGUUACGAAGAAUUGGUGCUAUCCAACAAACAUGUGGCUCCAGACCAUUUAUUACAAAUUUGCAAGCGUAUUGGCCCGAUACUGGAUAAAGAGAUACCACCCAGCAUUUCGAGAGUGAAUUCCUUGCUUGGUGCAGGGAGACAGUCCUUGUUACGUACAGCAAAAGAUUGCAGGAACACUGUUUGGAAGGGCUCUGCAUUUGCUGCUCUUCAUAGAGGAAGACCUCCUGAAGUUCCUGUAAACUAUGGCACACCACCAAAUCUUGUGGAAGUAUAUCGAGCAAAGCAAUUAACUGGAUAUGCAAAGUUCAGUACUUCGUUUCCAGGAAGUAUGUAUCAGCACGUAAAGAUGCACAGACGGAUUCUUGGCCAUCUUUCUGCUGUGUAUUGUGUUGCAUUCGAUAGGACUGGACAUAGAAUAUUUACUGGUUCAGAUGACUGUCUGGUAAAGAUCUGGUCAACUCAUAAUGGCAGGUUAUUUGCCACAUUACGUGGACAUUCAGCAGAGAUUUCUGAUAUGGCUGUCAAUUAUGAGAACACUAUGAUUGCAGCUGGAAGCUGUGAUAAAAUGAUCAGAGUGUGGUGUCUGAGGACUUGUGCACCAGUUGCUGUCCUCCACGGACACACAGGGUCCAUUACCUCAUUACAGUUUAGUCCAAUGGUAAAAGGCUCCAUGCGUUACAUGGUCUCUACGGGUGCAGAUGGAACUGUUUGCUUUUGGCAAUGGGAUACAGAUUCCAUGAAAUUCAACAAUCGGCCAGUGAAAUUCACAGAGAAGCCUAGACCAGGAGUUCAGAUGCUUUGUUCUUCAUUCAGCGUAGGUGGCAUGUUUUUAGCAACUGGCAGUACUGACCAUGUUAUAAGGAUGUAUUUUUUUGGCUCCGAAACACCUGAGAAAAUAGCUGAAUUGGAGAGUCAUGCUGACAAAGUUGACAGCAUUCAGUUUUCUAACAGUGGUGAUAGGUUCAUAAGUGGCAGUAGAGAUGGAACAGCUCGGAUCUGGCGUUUUGAACAAGCAGAAUGGAGGAGUAUUUUGUUGGAUAUGUCCGAUCGAUUACCAGGUGACACAUGUUCAGAAGAGGACAAAUUUAUGAAGCCAAAAGUAACCAUGAUAGCUUGGAACCAAAAUGAUAACUAUGUUGUUACGGCUGUAAAUAAUCAUCUGCUCAAAGUUUGGAAUUCCUCUACAGGGCAACUGCUUCAUGAUUUGGUGGGGCAUGCGGAUGAAGUAUUUGUCUUGGAGACCCAUCCUUUUGAUUCCAGGAUAAUGUUAUCUGCAGGUCACGACGGCAACAUCUUCAUAUGGGACAUUACAAAAGGCACAAAAACAAAGCAUUAUUUUAACAUGAUUGAAGGCCAAGGACACGGUGCUGUUUUUGACUGUAAAUUUUCACCAGAUGGGCAACAUUUUGCAUGUACAGAUUCUCAUGGGCAUCUGUUGAUAUUUGGUUUUGGCUGUAGCAGGCCUUAUGAAAAGAUUCCUGAUCAGAUGUUCUUCCACACUGACUAUCGGCCACUUAUUCGAGACUCUAACAAUUAUGUCCUAGAUGAGCAGACUCAACAGGCUCCUCAUCUCAUGCCCCCUCCCUUCUUAGUAGAUGUGGAUGGAAACCCUCAUCCAACAAGAUAUCAAAGAUUGGUGCCAGGAAGAGAGAAUUGUGCAGAUGAACAUUUGAUUCCUCAACUUGGAUAUGUAGCAACAAGUGAUGGAGAAGUGGUUGAACAAGUUAUAGGCCAACAGACGGUUGAUCAGGAUGAACAAGGCAUGGAGCCCAGCAUUCUUGAUGGCAUGAUUAGACAAUUACAGCUACAGCAAGAUCAAAGAAUUGGAGCAGAUCAAGAAUCUGCUUCAGGUGGCCCACAGAAUGAAGGAACGCCUAGAAGAGUUUUUAGAAGACCAAGUCUGGACAUCCAGUCUCCUCCCAAUAUCGGUCUGCGCCGUAGUGGGCAAGUUGAAGGUGUGCGUCAGAUGCAUCAAAAUGCUCCACGAAGCCAGAUGGCUACUGAGCGAGACCUUCAGGCUUGGAGACGAAGAGUUGUUGUACCAGAAAUACCACCAAGCUUACUCAGGAAGCAGGAAGAAUAUCGAACUGCAAAAGGGGAAGAAGAGAGAGAUCUUUAUGCGGCAGAGAAGAAAAGAAAGUCAUUCCAGUCAUUCGAAAAGAGUGACUCCGAGUCUUCAUUAAUACAGUCUAAGCGUAGACUGCAUAGACGGAAAUAUCCAAAUUACCGAACGCGGAAUAACAUUGAACAACUUGACUCUUCUGAUGAGGAGAGAGAGGACUGCCUUGGUUUGAUGGAGCAGGAAGCUGAAGAAAGUGAGGGCUCUGGCUCAUCUGAUGAAGAGGAAGAAUGGAGAAGUGACAAGAAAAGCAACACUAAUAGCUCUAGUGAUUCUUCAAGCAGGUACUCUGACUGGAUCGCUGAUGCAGGGAUUAACCUGCAACCUCCUGUACGGACUUCUCGGCGGAAAGCUAUCAGAUACUGCAGUACUUCAGAAGAUGAAGUGUCAGCAGAGAAAUCAUCUCCUCCAAAGAGAAGAAGAAGAAAAAGGAGAAAAAAGCCCAGACCAAAAAAGCAGGAGGGGGCUAAUGCUCCAUCAGAACCAGUAAACUCGGAACUGUCAUAUGACUGGCAUCCUCCAGUUUGGAUAACAGACACAGCUCUUCGGAGAUCUCCAUUUGUCCCUCAGAUGGGUGAUGAGGUAAUAUAUUUUCGACAAGGACAUGAAGCUUACAUUGAAGCAGUUAGAAGAAAUAACAUUUAUGAACUGAAUCCCCACAAGGAGCCUUGGAGAAAAGUAGUCCUUAGGGAUCAGGAGUUGGUAAAAAUUGUUGGAAUUAGAUACGAGGUUGGUCCUCCCACAUUGUGUUGCCUCAAGCUUGCCUUUAUAGAUCAUGCCACUGGAAAACAUACGGACAAAUCAUUCUCCAUCAAAUACCAUGAUAUGCCAGAUGUUAUUGACUUCCUUAUAUUACGUCAGUUCUAUGAUGAAGCACGGCAAAGGAACUGGCAAGCCUCUGACAGGUUCCGAUCCAUUAUUGAUGAUGCAUGGUGGUUUGGAACAGUGCUGGGUCAAGAACCGUAUCAGCAUCAAUAUCCAGAUAGUCAUUUUCAGUGUUACAGUGUAAAAUGGGACAACGGUGAAGUUGAAAAGCUUAGUCCAUGGGACAUGGAACCAAUAUCUGAGAAUGUUGACCAGCCCGAAGAAUUAGGAGCUAGUGUUUCCGUGACUUUUGAAGAAAUGGAGAAGCUACUAUACAAACCCCAAGAAGGGGAGUGGGGGAUGCGGUCUCGUGAUGAAGCUUGUGAACGGAUUAUCAGCGGUAUUGAUCAGCUUCUGACUCUCGACAUUUCAGCAGCUUUUGCUGGUCCAGUUGACCUGUGUACAUAUCCCAAGUACUGUACAGUGAUUGCUUACCCAACAGACCUGAACACUAUUCGAACAAGACUGGCUAACCGAUUUUACAGGAGAAUCUCUGCAUUGGUUUGGGAAGUAAGAUACAUUGAAAGCAAUGCCAGGACCUUCAAUGAACCUGGGAGUGCUAUUGCUAGAGCUGCAAAAAAGAUCACUACGCAGCUCUUAAAAUUUAUCAAUGAUCAAGACUGUACAAACAUUUUUGAACUAUGUAGCACAACAGAUGAUGAACAAGAUCGUCUUGAUGACGAUGAUCUGGAUGAUGAAAAAUGUCGUCCAAGAACGUCAUACAGGAGGAGAAGAGGACGGGGGAAAAAAGGAAAAGGCAUUAAAAACGGCUAUGAUGAAAACUGUUGGAAAAAGCAGUGUAUGGAACUUGUGAACUUAAUUUUCCAGUGUGAAGAUUCUGAACCUUUUAGGCAGCCAGUUGAUUUGGAUCAAUAUCCUGAUUACAGACAUAUUAUAGACACUCCAAUGGACUUCGGUACAGUGAAAGAAACUCUGGAAGCUGGAAAUUAUGACACUCCAAUGGAACUGUGCAAAGAUAUAAGACUAAUAUUUAGUAAUGCCAAGUCUUAUACUCCAAACAAAAAGUCAAAGAUUUACAGUAUGACCUUGAGAUUGUCAGCAUUAUUUGAAGAGAAAAUAAGAAGAAUUGUUUCAGAUUUCAAAAAUGGUCAAAAACAGAAUGAAAAACUAAGAAGAAACCAGAGGUAUACUAGAAGAUUUCAGAAUCAAAGCUCGACGCAGCAACCUACCAAAAUGCUCAGCAGAAAUGUGAAGCAGAAACCAUUAAAGUCUCAGGCAAAAAUUGAAUCUGAGCAGGAAGAUGUUUUUAGUCAACCUACCUCAAGCAGAGCAGCCUGUGUUGCAAGCCAUAAAACAAAUGCUAGUAAUUACAACCAUAGUUCCUCUGGUGAAUCCUCUGAUUCUGUAUGCCUAGCAUCUUUUGAAAGGAAUGGAAAAGCUAGAUCUACAACACUAACAAACUGUUCUGCACUGUCAUCAGAAAGUGAAAUAGAAGGUUCUUUAGCUUCUUCAUCUACAUCCUCUUCAUCUUCAUCCUCUACAAGUAGCUCGGAAGAGAGCAAAGAAAGCUCUGUUGCUCUUGUGUCACCUCCACUACACAACGGCGUAUGUAGGAGAAAGAACAUCAACUGUAGGAUAACUAGGAAUCGAGCUGCUCAAAGAAAACAAACAGGAACACUUCUGCCAGAGAAUGGGAAUACAAGAAAAACUGUCAGGAAAAGGUUAUAUGGAAGUGAUUCUGAAAAUACUUCAGUGGUGACAUCUGAGUCUCUGAGUAAUAGUACUGGUAGACACAGAAAAAUUCCACGCAGAAGUGCUACUGUGGCUGCUAAUAAGUUAAGGCUAAUGAGUGAUGUGGAAGAAGAGGUUUCAAGCUCAGAAAGUAUUGGUAUUGGGUGCAAAAACAGGAAACUGCCUCACCGAAAUGCCUCAGCUGCAGCCAGGCGAAUGUUACUGGAGGGGUCUGAGGAUGACGUAGGUGUGAAGUCUGAAAGUGAAAAAGAAAAUGAAGAGCAGCUUACCAAGAGGAAAAAUCUUUCUCUCCCUGGUUCAUCUGCUCCACGAAGAAAAUUUGUUAGUGAAUCUGAAAAUGGAAGUUCGGAUUCUGAGAUAGACAUGCAGGUGAAACAGAAAACCUGGCAAAGCAAUGGCCACAGACAGUUACGUGGGACACUCCAUUCUGCAUCUCCUAAAGUGAGAAGUCCCACGCAAGACUCUUCGGAAGAUGAUUCCAAAAGCCAUAAUUCAGAGGGUGGGAGCAGUCGAAAAGCUGAUGAGUCAACGUCUGCACAUAAGCUUGCAGUGAGCAACUCUGAGGAUGAAGUGUAUUCUGAAUCAGAUAGGUGGAAUGACAAAAAAAUGACUAGUCUGCAGAUUGUUGCUCCCUUAAAGAAAGCAAAAGUCUUGAGUGAUUUAGAGGACACAGCAGAAUCUGAAGCAGAAGGCAGAGAGAAUGGGAGAAGUUUUAUUUCGGAGACUUUGGUGCCAUCUAGAAUUGCAGAGAAUUCAAAAUCUGGACCUGGUACCAGUUACAACUCUUCUGAUACAGAAUCUGAAACAAAUUCCAAUAACAGUAAUUAUUGUGACACUUCUACAAAAACAAGAAAGAGGAGAAGGAAAGGAAAAACAAAAAUCUUCAGAAAAGAAUCAACGUCUGAGAAGACUGGACAAAGUGGAAAAGUGCUCAGGAGCCGGACGUGUAUCAUUAACUACAAGAAACAUACAAAGCUGUCUAAUGUGAUGGAGAAAAAAAAUCCACGAAGGUGUGCCACUUUGGCAGCUAAUAAGAUAAAGAUAAUGAGUGAUACAAAGGAAGAGUUAUCAAGCUCAGAAAGUGUUUACACAGUGAAAAAGAACAGGAGGCAGCUUCAUGGCGGUGUAUCUGCAGCGUCCAGGAAGAAACCGAUCAGCAGCUCGGAGGUAGAUGUUAGCUUAAUGUCUGAAAAUGAGAAAGAACAGUGUUCUGGCAGAAAAAAGCUUUCUUGCCCUGAAUCAUCUGCUCCUAAGAGAAAAUAUAUUAGUGAGUCUGAAAACGAAAAAUCGGAAUCUGAGGUGGAGGUAGAAGUGACUCAGAAGCAGAAUGAUGGUAACAACAAGCAGACGCACAGAACUGUCCGUGCUGCAGCUCUUAAAAACACGUGCCACUCUUCAGGGGAGGAUUCCACAAACCACAAGGUAGAAAACGGGAGAAACUGGAGAACUUCUGGUCAGUCAACUUCAGCUCACAACCAUCAUAUGAGCAACUCUGAGGAGGAGGUGGAUUCUGAGUUAGGUAAACGUGAAACUAAAAAUAUGAGACAAGUACCAAAAAGAAAGUCUAGAGCUCGCUUCAAAAGAUCAAAAUUAUCAAAUGACUUAAAAGAAACACCAGAAUCUGAAACGGGGGGGAAGAAAGAUGAAAAAAGCUCAGUAUCGGAGAACAUGGAAACACCUGAGACUGCAGGAAGCUCAAAAGCCAGUUUCAAUUGUUCUUCUGAUUCAGACUCUGGAACUGAUAACAGUAUCUACAGUGAUGCCACAGAAACAAAAAAGAGAAAAAGAAAAACAGACGUCAUUAGAAAAGAAACUUCCAAUUUGUCUAAGCCUUCCAGAAGACCCCAGCGAAGGAAACGUUGGAAACCUAAUCAAGAAAAUGACUCUGAAGAUUUGGAUUACACCAAAUAUAGAAGAGCUAACCGGCGUUCUAAGAUAAGAACUCGAAAUAGGGGUAGACGGACUGUGAGAUACGACGAUUGUGACGAUGACGACGACGAUGACAGAGGUUUAGGUGACGUAGUUCGUGAAACGUAACCUUAAGAGGAAAAGCCAGCCCACUUUUUUUUUUUUAUUAUGGUAAUAGCACUAGAACUCACGACGGAUGCUGGCUCUUCCUUGUCCUACAUUUCAGGGAAUAUAUUUAUAUUUUUCUAUGAAAAAGUUAUGAAUGUGAUUAGAUCAUGACUUUCUCCUUUUCAUAUUUUGACUUGCACUUGCCUGCCCAUGUAGCAGCAUUUAGCACAGAUGCCAAAAUGUGCCUCAUUAUAGGGGCAAUUUUUUUGUCUUUACUGGUAUUUUAUUACAUAUAACAA